CUGGCUGCUGCUGUUGGCGGGGCUCUGCGGGGAACCCUCCCCAGGGGACGCUGGGGGAGGGCAGCGACGCCAGGGAGCUGCGGUUACAUCCGGACGUCCCCGCCUCUGCGUCCCUUUAUUCCCGAAACUCGGGCUUGGCCCGGGCCCUGCCGGGCGCCCCGGGAAGGCGGAGGUGAUGGUACAAAUGGAGACGCAGCUGCAGAGCAUUUUUGAGGAGGUGGUGAAGACGGAAAUUAUAGAAGAGGCUUUCCCUGGCAUGUUUAUGGAUACCCCUGAAGAUGAAAAAACAAAACUAAUUAGCUGUUUGGGGGCCUUCAGACAGUUUUGGGGUGGUCUUUCUCAGGAGUCUCAUGAACAGUGCAUCCAGUGGAUUGUUAAGUUUAUUCAUGGCCAGCAUAGUCCUAAAAGAAUUUCUUUUCUUUAUGACUGCUUAGCAAUGGCAGUUGAGACUGGUCUCCUUCCACCCAGGAUGGUUUGUGAAUCCCUAAUAAACUCUGACACUCUUGAGUGGGAAAGAACACAGCUUUGGGCCUUAACAUUUAAACUGGAUUCACUGACAGUUCAUGCCAAAAUGAGCCUUAUUCACAGCAUUGCAACCAGGGUGAUAAAACUUGCCCAUGCGAAGUCCAGUGUGGCCUUGGCUCCAGCCCUAGUGGAAACUUACAGUCGUUUAUUGGUCUAUAUGGAGAUAGAGUCUUUGGGCAUCAAAGGAUUUAUCAGUCAGCUUUUGCCAACUGUUUUCAAGUCACAUGCAUGGGGGAUCUUACACACGCUUCUUGAGAUGUUCAGCUACCGGAUGCACCACAUUCAGCCGCAUUACAGAGUUCAGCUCCUGAGUCAUCUUCAUACUUUGGCUGCAGUUGCACAAACAAACCAGAACCAGCUCCAUCUCUGUGUUGAGAGCACUGCACUCAGGCUUAUAACGGCAUUAGGUAGCUCAGAGGUACAGCCACAGUUUACACGCUUCCUUAGUGAUCCCAAAACGGUGCUGUCAGCAGAAUCUGAAGAACUGAACCGUGCCUUGAUAUUAACCUUAGCUAGAGCAACUCACGUAACAGAUUUUUUUACAGGCUCUGAUUCAAUUCAGGGAACUUGGUGUAAAGACAUACUUCAGACCAUCAUGAGUUUUACUCCUCAUAAUUGGGCUUCACACACCCUUAGCUGUUUUCCAGGCCCUCUACAGGCAUUCUUCAAACAAAAUAAUGUACCUCAGGAAAGCCGUUUUAAUCUGAAAAAAAACGUGGAGGAGGAAUAUAGGAAGUGGAAGUCAAUGAGCAAUGAAAGUGACAUCAUUACCCACUUUGUGCAGAGCUCUCCUCCUCUCUUUCUUUGUCUUCUCUGGAAAAUGCUCUUGGAAACAGAUCAUAUUAAUCAGAUUGGCUACAGAGUAUUAGAGAGAAUUGGUGCCAGGGCCUUGGUAGCCCAUGUGAGAACAUUUGCAGAUUUCCUGGUAUAUGAGUUCUCUACCUCAGCAGGGGGUCAACAACUCAAUAAAUGCAUUGAAAUUCUUAAUGACAUGGUAUGGAAAUACAACAUUGUUACAUUGGACAGAUUAAUUCUCUGCCUGGCCAUGCGUAGUCAUGAAGGAAACGAAGCCCAGGUUUGUUAUUUCAUAAUUCAGUUGCUGUUACUCAAGCCAAAUGAUUUCAGAAACCGAGUAAGUGACUUUGUGAAGGAAAAUUCCCCAGAGCACUGGCUACAGAACGACUGGCACACGAAGCACAUGAAUUAUCACAAGAAAUAUCCUGAGAAGCUGUAUUUUGAGGGCCUGGCAGAACAGGUCGAGCCUCCUGUACAGAUCCAGUCUCCCUAUCUGCCCAUCUAUUUUGGAAAUGUGUGUCUACGAUUCCUUCCAGUAUUUGAUAUAGUAAUCCACAGAUUUUUAGAGUUACUUCCAGUAUCCAAAUCAUUGGAGACACUACUGGAUCACCUAGGAGGUUUAUAUAAAUUUCAUGAUCGUCCAGUGACUUAUCUGUAUAAUACUCUGCACUAUUAUGAAAUGCACCUGAGAGAGCGCAAAUUUCUCAAACGAAAACUUGUCCAUGCAAUCAUUGGCUCGCUCAAGGAUAAUCGACCACAGGGCUGGUGUCUAAGUGACACUUACCUGAAAAAUGCCAUGAAUGCACGAGAGGAAAAUCCCUGGGUUCCAGAUGAUACCUACUAUUGCAGAUUGAUUGGCAGACUAGUAGAUACGAUGGCUGGCAAAUCUCCUGGUCCUUUCCCAAACUGUGACUGGAGAUUCAAUGAGUUUCCCAACCCAGCUGCCCAUGCCCUGCAUGUCACCUGUGUGGAGCUCAUGGCUUUAGCAGUUUCAGGCAAUGAGGUCGGGAAUGCACUUCUAAAUGUUGUCCUAAAAAGUCAGCCCUUAGUGCCAAGAGAGAACAUUACAUCAUGGAUGAAUGCAAUUGGUUUGAUCAUUACUGCCCUACCAGAGCCCUAUUGGAUUGUUCUUCAUGAUCGAAUUGUGAGUGUUAUCAGCAGUCCCAGCUUGACGUCUGAAACAGAGUGGGUUGGCUAUCCAUUCCGCCUCUUUGAUUUCACUGCCUGUCAUCAGUCCUACUCUGAGAUGAGCUGUAGCUAUACAUUAGCUCUCGCACAUGCCGUGUGGCACCAUUCUAGCAUUGGGCAACUGUCUCUCAUUCCAAAGUUUCUUACUGAAGUACUUCUUCCUAUAGUGAAGACUGAAUUCCAGUUGCUUUAUGUGUACCAUCUUGUAGGACCAUUUUUACAAAGAUUUCAGCAGGAGAGAACUCGAUGUAUGAUAGAGAUUGGUGUGGCAUUUUAUGACAUGCUGCUGAAUGUAGACCAGUGUAGUACCCAUUUAAAUUACAUGGAUCCCAUCUGUGACUUCCUGUAUCAUAUGAAGUAUAUGUUUACUGGUGACAGCGUGAAAGAGCAAGUAGAGAAGAUUAUCUGUAACUUAAAACCAGCUUUAAAACUCCGUCUUCGAUUCAUCACGCACAUUAGCAAGAUGGAGCCAGCUGCGGUGCCUCCGCAAGCCGUAAACAGUGGGUCUCCAGCGUCUCAGGCUAAUCAGGUGCCAGUGUCUUUACCUGUAACUCAGUGAAGCCAGAGUAUACCGUGGAGAAAAUGGAAAUACAUCCAUCUUUGAAAGCGGACUCCAACCUAUUAAAUCUGAAUGUGAUCAUGCUACCGUGAUGUAGUAGAAGGAGCAAAGAUGUUCAGAUUGUUUCAGUUUGAUUCAAAUGGUGAAUCUGUUGACACUUUGUGACUCCCAUCUCCCUAUCUAUAUUUUUGUCCCUAAGACAUCAAGUAAGCUACAUGUCAUUCAUAUUCAUGACAAUUUAUUAGAGCUACCUAGGAACAUAACUUUUACUAGGCACUUUCAAUCUUCCCUAUUCUACCCAUUGUUUUUGUUUGUAUUUUUUAUUAAUGACAUAUUCAGUUGUCAGAUGUGUCAUUUUAAGGGUACUACACAUGUAAAACAGUUAUUACAAAUACUUUGAUACAUAAGCCUCCUUUGGUAUAUCUUUGGAACAAUAGAGAUUUUUAUUCAGUAAAGGACUCUAGAUUUUGUUGCGUUGUAGGAGCAAACAAGGUUUCAUAUUCUUUUAAUUAUGGCUUGAAAUUUUAUUGUAAAUUUUCAAUGUUUCUAUCAAGAUCAGUUGGCCAUUUUUUGCCUUUGCCGUGGACUUAA